AAAGCGUUCCGACUUCAUUCACUACGGAGAUCACAGUCUUCAGCGGACCUGCUUUGAAGGGAUCCAAUAGGCUACAAAAACCGUUUGAUAAGAACAACCGGGACAUGCGGACGGCUUGACAUUCUUUUUGACCUAUUCUCCACUUGCUGAUAUAAACAGGACAUAAAGUUGAUAUUUUUGGAAGUCUCCCAUAAAUGUAUGGAUAGUGAAAUAUUAUAUUCUCAGAGAAUUGUGUCGACAUGCAUAAAGGAUUAAAACACUUAAAUGUUCCACUACGAGACGUCUUCACUUCGCGUGGAUUAUAGCCUAAUCGACAAAAUGAUUACAUUUCUCACAUCUGGAAGUUCCUAUACUCAUAGAUAGCUCUUGUCUCAGGUGCCGUAACACCGACCCAUCUACUGCUCCUGUGUUGCUUCUCUGGCCAAAAGCGGAGUAGGAAACCCAACUGACUUCAAUAAACGUCAGUCUUAAAUGUAAACCUAAAUGAACACCCAAUAAAGUCCCACUGUUAGCCUCGCCAUGUUGCCUAUAAUAGCCAAAUAAUUCGGACUACCGGCUGUAGACUCGUGGAGGUAGCGGUUCCACCCGAGGGAUGGUACUGGAUUCCCGUGGUUUGGGAGCGACGCCUCAGCUCCUGGUUCUGGAACGGUGUUGGUGGAACUACUGGAACUUUCUCUCGUUCUGGAGCCCAAAGGACCUGAAGGGAGAUGAGAGCCGCUUUUCUGAGCUUCCUCCUCGCCUGCUUAUUGUGCCUGUUACGCACCGCCGCUGAGGAGGACCCACUCCCCCCGGAGCUGUUGGAGCGGCUGUCCCGCAGUGAGAUCCGCAGCAUCAGCGACCUCCAGCGGCUCCUGGAGCUAGACUUGGAAGAGAAUGAGGUGAUCGGGGAGAACAAACAGAGGUACCACAACAAGGCCUUCCCCCACAGCUACUCACAGCUGAAGAGCUCUCAGACACACUCCAGGCACAAGAGGAGCAUCGAGGAGGCGUUACCCGCGGUGUGUAAGACUCGUACGGUGAUCUACGAGAUCCCUCGGAGCCAGGUGGAUCCCACCUCUGCUAACUUCAUCAUCUGGCCCCCCUGUGUAGAGGUGAAGAGAUGUACCGGAUGCUGCAACACCAGCAACAUGCACUGCCUGCCUUCCCGCAAGCACCACCGCACUGUCAAGGUGGCUAAGGUAGAGUAUGUGAGGAGGCGUCCUAAACUGAAGGAGGUGCUGGUGCGGCUGGAGGAGCACCUUGAGUGCAUAUGCACCUCCAAACGACACAUCAAGGAACUCUACGAUACAGACAAUGACCCCCCUCUUCCCCCUCCUCCCCCUUCAUUCACAGGACCCAGUAGGACCAAGGGUAAAGGGAGGAAACGUAAAAAGCUCAAAAACCUCAAAGAAUUUCUCAUACCUUUCUCAGGCAUGUGGAAAAACAUGAGUGUUUAUUAGUGUCAUUACGGUGUAAGGUGAAGACAGAUGGAUGAAAGAGAGAAGAGUGAAAGAGAGGAAGAGGGAAGAGAACAUGUUUCUCAGACUGAGAUAUGAACUUCAGCCACGUUGUGUGUGAUGGCAACAAGAGAAGUGGAGACAGAGGACAGAGAACAUAUUCUAUAUAUGUUAUAUUCUAUAUCUUCCCACAAGACGAACCUUCAAAAAUCAAUCAUUUUGAUAACGUCAAAAUAUUGCCAGAAUCGGGAAUGAUGUUUCUGGAAGAUGCAAAUAAGGACUUCGGUAUUAGGAGUGGGUGUGGCUUCGAUUUGAUGAUUGACAGGUGUCAAAUUACGUGACUACACCAACUGGGAGUUACAGUCUUUAUAUAAAGGACUUCUGACUACAAGACUACUCCCAUGAUUUUGGAUGACAAGCGGUUUGGAAUCCUCCCAAUCAUUUCUGAUGCUUCUGGAUUUUUCCAUCAGAUUCCGAGGACAGUGACUGGGAUUAUGUUUUGUAUAUUACAAGAUUCCAAGAUGUUACUCUCCUUCUGGAACGGAAGGAAGUCACCUACAUGAUGUAUAUCCUCUUAUUUUUGUAUCCCUGGUUUUCUAUUGCUGACUGACUUCCUGAUUAGUUUCUGGUAUGUUAUUCACAUAAAGGAAGGUUUAAAACAACUGCUACAUCAGUUACAAGUUACUAAUAAACUAUUUAUAAUGUCAA